GAGCUUCGCCUUGGUAGAAUCGGAGAGACCAAACAGCCAGGUUCCGAAAGUACCCAAGACUUCUUCGUCAGUGGACGUCGGCGGAGGUGCAUACCAGGCGCCAUCGUUCGUCACCCAGGAAGCGAUCACUGGAAUUCCUUUGGCAAACUUACCAGCACGCAUGAGCUGGGAAGGCCGGCCGGGGAUAAAAUCGCCGUCAUAAGUCGGGAAGAAGAACCCCUCUCCAAAAGGUGGACGGGCCGAACGAGAAGCUGUGACGGAGAGAUUCGUCAAAAUGUCAACUGGAGCCUCCCGUAA